ACCCUUCCACUGGGCCUGCUUGGUCAAUAGUUAAAAUAUGAACAAUGCUCAUCUAGAAAAAGGAGCAGAGAUCAAUCGGUCGGAUAUAGAUGGCAAUUCUCACAUUAAUAUGGCAGUGUACAUAAAUUUCAAAGAAGUUGUUGAGCUGCUGCUCACCAAAGGAGCGGAUGUGAACACCCAAGACAUGGAAGGAGAUACACCUCUUCACUGUGCCACUAAACAAGGGAACCUGUCAAUGGUAGCAGGAGUAUCCAUCAAGUUGAGUGGCAAAGAAAUUCUAUACAUUCUAGGAGUAUAUCACCCUCCUAUAAAACGCCAAGAAACUAUCGUUCGAGCACUUGAGCUCCUGUCAGAUAUACUGGGCUCAUUUCCAUCUUCAGACAAGGGCAAGGGCCAUCAUGUACGCGGACGACACCGUCCUACACUCACUUCUCAGAAGUCUGUUGAAAGCCUCGAAAUAAACGCGUACAUUGGCCUGAAUUUGGCGGUGGACUACUGUACAAGGCAUGAUCUUGUGUUCAAUGUUUCCAAGACCAAGCAGGUUACCUUUGGCACCAAGAGGGAUGAAGUCUCAAACCUUCCUGACAUCGAUGCUGUCACUUCAAUUAAACAUCUCGGAUUACACUUGGAUGGAGAUCUUAAGUGGAAUGAGCACAUAGAUGUUCUCUGUCAAAGGCUGUCCACAGCUGUCUUCGCCAUUAAAAGAACAUUAUCUGUCAGCACAGAGGAGGCAGCUUUAACAGCCUACCAUGCCCUUUUUGAGAGCCUCAUAUACUAUGGAGUUUCGGCUAAUAAGUUAAAUUCAUUUACAGAUAUGGCAAUCAAGAGUUCAUCACUGAUUGAAGCUGUGAAAAACUGCAGUAUCCAAGAACUGCAGUGUCUGCUGGAUAAAGAAAAAGAAGACAUUAAUGUGGGUGAUGAGUUUAAGCGAACCCCCCUACACUUCGCUGUGUUGGGAAGUUUUGAACAAGGUGUGACCUUACUACUAGAAAGAGGUGCCCAAGUGAAUGCGUGUGAUGCGAUACAGCAGACACCCUUCCACUGGAGCUGCUUGGUCAAAAGUCAAAAUAUGAUCAAUGCUCUUCUAGAUAAAGGAGCAGAGAUCAAUCGGUCGGAUAUAGAUGGGAACUCUCCCAUUAGUAUGGCAGUGAACAUAAAUUUCAAAGAAGGUGUUGAACUGCUGCUCGCUAAAGGAGCGGAUGUGAACACCCAAGACAUGGAAGGAGAUACACCUCUUCACUGUGCCACUAAACAAGGGAACCUGCCGAUGGUAGAAAUGCUGUUAAAUAAUGGAGCCAAUUUAAAGCUCAAGAACAACAACGGUGAAACGGCUUUGCACGUAGCUGCCUGGACAUGUAAAAGGACUCUUAUAAGGUUGUUGUUAUUGUACGGUGCUGAGGUGAAUGCCCAGGAUCACAAUGGCAGCACACUUUUACAUCUGAUCUUAGAGAGACUGCCCUUCAGUGAGAGUGGUGUUGUGGAGGAUUUACUCGACUGGGGAGCCUCUCUGACUAUCACAAAUAAGGCUGGAAAGACACCUUUGACCUUAGCGUCCGAUCCGUCGGAUCGUUUUAAAGAUUGGAGUAAAUACGUUCUUUCAUUUUUCAGAGCUUUGACUAUAGACACCAAAGUAACGUUUCAUGUACAUAUUUUAAUUAGACAUUUUAUUAAAUUGCAGUGUGUUAAUUUACGACUCGCUUAUAAGUCAAGUUACAUGACCAUCUACUCUCAAGGGGGAUACAAAACAUUAUGUGACAAAGAAUUGGCAAGGUUGAAAACAACCAGAUUUGGCAAUCAAUCGGUACUUAAUGUGUUUUCCACAUAUGAAGACCCUACAUUUUUAUCAAAUGUUGAAAUGCGUGAAGCUAUAUACUCGUCUGAGUUUGAAACAGAGUUCCCGUUAUACAAUAUGCUUAUGAGAGCAAUGUUCAGACAUGCUGAGAAACGUGUUCAUUUGUUCAAUGCUGCUCAAGGUGUUCUAAUCCACGUGAUGAAAGCACCUUAUGAAAUUUCAAGGAAAAUUUUUUGCUACUUGUCUAAUGAAGACCUUGUGAACAUAGUAACUGCUGGUAAUUGCGUUUUAAAAUUGUAACAAAACGAUUAUUUGUGUAGAUUACAGAGUUGUAUUUACACAGCAUCAUUGCCCUUGUGAACAUAGUAACUGCUGGUGAUUGCGUUUUAAAAUUGUAACAAAACGAUUAUUUGUGUAGAUUACAGAGUUGUAUUUACACAGCAUCGUCGAAAGUCACGUAUAUUUUCAUCAUGAUCUAGUAUUUUGUAGUCUAGUAUUUCAAUUUAUAUUAUAUUUCUGAUUUGAAUGUUGAAUUGUGCAGAUAAACAUUGUUUAUAUCUAAUGCCUUAGUAUGUAUUAACAGUUACCAAGGACUAGACAGGUUAUUUUAUCCGUACACUUAGUGCUUCUUGUUACACAUGAUUUCCUAUGCAGUAUCUCCAUUUAAUAAAGGUAACCUCUUUUUUUAAACUGUAUCUCAAAUAACCCUGAAUUAAAUUAUAGUAUUGGAGGAAUCUCUUUCCCGAACCACAUCAUAAUUGAAUAUAUAAAUUUAAAGGCCAGAGAGUUGGAGCUUGCUAAAUACGUAUAACACUUCAUGAGAUUCGAAAACCACGACAUGUCCUGAGAUGUCAGUAGCUUCUGCAGAACUUUUCAUUUCCUAAGGUCAAUGGACAUCAGAGGUCCUGAAGUUGGAAAUCACAACUAAGUGAGCAUAAUUGUUGCAAAGUAUCUCAGUAGUUGAUUUAGUCAUUUCUUUUUGACACUAAAAUAUUGGGAGUCGAAGAGUAAAACAAUUUCCAAUAGUUAACUGGGAAUCAUACAUGGAUGAUUCCAUGGUAUUGGUUUAAGGUUCUGAGAACUAUGUAAUUAUUGCCAUUAACAUACAUAAAUAUCUCAUAGUGAGCCAUAAAAAUAUGCUCAAAAUAUAUUUGCUUGAGUAUAUAUAUAUAUAUAUAUAUAUAUAUAUUUUUUUUUUGUCAAUUGAUUGUCAAUUACACUGUAGAUAUGUGAAUAUUAAUUCAAUUAUUUAUUUUAAACACUUUAAUGUACACAAUAAAUUUUUAACUUUUGUAA